AUGUCCAGCUCUACUUUCACGUCCGAAGUCACCUGUGACAGGAGUCUUCCUAUAAUUGCCUUUGGCGGAUAUUUCCCCACGAGCGAUGACCUCAGUUCUAUCUGUACUUCGGACUGUCUCCAGUCGCUUGAGUCCCUCAUCAACACCCAGCAGACAUCCUGCGCCCAGGAUGUCAUCGAGGUAUCCAGCCUGGACUACCCCGUCACGGCUACGGCCGACACACUGAUGUGGACAUACAACUACACGUGCCGUCGCGACGCCACCUCAGGCGCCUUCUGCGCCCCAGUCUUCGACUCGUGGGCGGACGGCAACGCAUCGGAUCAGAGCUGCUCAGACUGCGUGCUGGGCACCUUCCAGAUCCAGCUGAGCAACACGCUGGGGUGGGACGACGAGCUCGCAGCAAACUUCUCCUCGUUGACCCAGUCGUGCCAGGCCACCGGGUACGCCGUGACAUCCCCGCCGCCCAACUACAUCAACGCCACGCAGACGGCGACGGCGACGGCAACGACCUCGUCCCCGACGGCAGCCCGGUCGUGCGCAGCUACUUAUGUCGUGCAGGCGGGGGAUGACUGCCACUCCAUCAGCACGUCGCAGAGGGUCUCGACGAGCGAGAUGCUCUACAACAACAACCUGGAGGCCGGCUGCACGCACUUCCCCGCCGCCGGCGCGCAGCUGUGCAUGCCGCCGAGCUGCGACGUCUACACCGUGCAGGCAAACGACACGUGCUGGAGCAUCGUGGACUCCUACACCACCCCCGAGGCGGGCAAGCAGUUCACCAUCUCGCAGCUCAUCUCCUGGAACGUCGACAUCAGCCCCGGGUGUGACAACCUGCCGCUCCUCGAGGGGUCCCAGAUCUGCGUCACCUUCCCCGGCGACAACGCGUCCGGUAAUGGCACCGUGACCGCCACCGCGCCCGCCUCCACCGCCACCGUCGCGCCGGUGCCCGGCAAUGUGGUGGAAGGGACCAACACGCAGUGCGGGAAGUAUUACGAGGUGCGCGGCGGCGACACGUGCGCGUCUGUUACACAGAUCCAGGGCAUCUCGCUCGCGGACUUUUACUUCCUCAACCCGGAGGUCAACUCGACAUCCUGCAACAACCUCUUUCUGGGGUACAGCUACUGCGUACAGGCGGUGGGAGACAUCUCCACCUAUGCGGGCUACGGGGGUCGGCCCACGAACCCAUGCGUGGGAGGCAGCACCACCGGGGCGGCAAGUUGUUAUGCGACAACGUAUGCCAGCGCGACGGAUGGGUGGACGUUCCCUGCCAUCAAUUCGACAUCUACCACGGCCUCAAAUUACAGCUCGAUUGCGGUGACGUCUGUGUCGGCGUACCCGAUUACUGCGACGCCGAAUCCGACGCCGACGCCUUAUCAGAGCCUCAUGGUGAAUGGCUGCACGAGGUUCUAUAAUGUGGCUUCGGGCGACACAUGUUUUGAUAUCGCACAACGCUGGAGCCUGUCCCUGGAGAACCAGCUAUACGCGUGGAACCCUGAUCUUGGCUCUGACUGUUCUGGGCUUCAGCUCGGCGUGUAUAUCUGUGUCGCACUCGGGACAACCUCUCCCACGGCGACAGGUAGCACUUCUUCUGGUCCUGGGUCUGUCACUGCGACGACGACGUCAGCUCCUCCGACCACGACUUCCGCCGCAGCUGCACCUGGUCCCACUCAGGCAGGCAUUUCAUCUGACUGCAACAAGUGGGUCAUGCAGCAGGACGGCAUAUACUGCUAUGACAUGGCUGCUAAUGCGGGUAUCUCCCUGAAUUGUCUGUACCAGAUGAACCCGGCCCUCAAUGGAGACUGCUCAGGCUUGUGGGCAGGCUACGCGUACUGUAUCGGUACGGCGUCCAAAGUUUGUACGUAA